AUGCUCAAGUCUCGGCUCCGCAUGUUCCUGAACGAGCUGAAGCUGCUGGUGCUGACGGGCGGGGGGCGGCCCCGGGCCGAGCCGCAGCCCCGGGGGGGCGGGGGAGGCGGCUGCGGCUGGGCGCCCUUCGCCGGCUGCUCGACCCGGGACGGCGACGGCGACGAAGAGGAGUACUACGGGUCGGAGCCGCGGGCCCGGGGCCUGGCCGGAGACAAGGAGCCGCGGGCCGGACCCCCGCCGCCACCCGCGCCGCCGCCGCCGCCCCCGGGCGCGCUGGACGCCCUGUCGCUCAGCAGCAGCCUGGACAGUGGGCUCCGAACCCCCCAGUGCCGAAUCUGUUUUCAGGGCCCUGAGCAGGGGGAGCUCCUGAGCCCCUGCCGCUGCGACGGCUCUGUGCGCUGCACUCACCAGCCCUGCCUCAUCCGCUGGAUCAGUGAGAGGGGCUCCUGGAGCUGUGAGCUCUGCUACUUCAAGUAUCAGGUCCUGGCAAUCAGCACCAAGAACCCACUGCAGUGGCAGGCCAUCUCCCUGACGGUCAUUGAGAAGGUCCAGAUUGCGGCCAUAGUUCUGGGCUCUCUCUUCCUCGUCGCCAGCAUCUCCUGGCUCAUCUGGUCCUCACUCAGCCCUUCAGCCAAGUGGCAACGACAGGACCUGCUCUUUCAGAUCUGCUACGGCAUGUAUGGCUUCAUGGAUGUCGUCUGCAUAGGCCUCAUCGUCCAUGAAGGCUCCUCUGUCUACCGCAUCUUCAAGCGCUGGCAGGCAGUGAACCAGCAGUGGAAGGUCCUGAAUUAUGACAAGACCAAGGACAUAGGAGGAGAUGCAGGGGGAGGGACAGCAGGGAAGCCAGGCCCCAGGACCUCAAGGACAGGCCCGCCCUCUGGGGCCACCAGCCGCCCCCCGGCUGCUCAGCGCAUGCGGACGCUCUUGCCUCAGCGCUGUGGUUAUACAAUCCUGCACCUCCUUGGACAGCUGCGGCCACCGGAUGCGCGUUCCAGUUCCCAUUCUGGCCGGGAGGUUGUCAUGAGGGUCACCACAGUCUGAACUGGACUCCAGGAGCGGGGAUCUUGAGUCAGUACUUUGGCCAGAGAUGAGCUAUCAUGACUGUUGGAGGUACUGCCUGGACCAGAUGUUUGGUGCAACUGCCCCCCCUACUGAGGAUCUCUGUGGGCAGCCUCAAGCUGGAGACAUUGUCUGGCCUCUCCUGCCCACUGGGUAGAGACACUUGGAUGACAUUCCAGCCCCCACUGACAGCUCCUCACACUCAUCCUGGGGCAGCCAGUGAGCAAGUGGGGAGAGCAGCUCUUCUUCCCUAGAGAACCGUCUUUACCUCAGCUCCUAGGGCCUCUAGCCCCUCAGCUCUACCACAGUGACUUGGUGAGGGGGGAACCAAUGCCAGAAGAAAGGGGCUGUAGACCCCCCCAAUCCCCACUUCAUGGCCACAGGGCAGCUGGCAAUAAGACUAGUAUACAUUGACCUCCCGUUCCCUGCAUGAGGGCGGGGGGGACUUCCCUGGCUCUGCCCCCCACUGCAUGGGGGUAGGGCAUAAAGAAUCAUUUAUAUGC